CCGGCUCGUCGAGCCAGAUAGUCGUGAGUCCGUCCGCGGUGCGGACCGAUCGCGCGCAACGCUGUCGUACGCGUUUCUCACGCAGAGGAACGCGUUCCGGUUGACAAUAGACGAUAGAAAAAAAAAAACGCGUUACCACUCGCGCGGGUGGGCUCUGCCGCCGUGAUCGUUGAGAAAGAGAAACAGGUGUGAUUGUCGCGCGUGGGAGAGUGCCUGACACACCUCUUACUUUUCUCGGCGCAGCAGCAGCCGUGCGACUGUCGCUCGAAGACGAAGCUGCGCCGCGCCGCGUCAGUGCUCCGCGCGUGGUAGAUCAUACUCGCGAUCCAUCGCGGAUCGCACAGUUCGGCGUGAGGUGCACGCGCGUGUGUAUGUGCAUGUGUACGCGCCGCGUGAGGGAUGCGCACCGGUGAGAGAGGAAGGUUUUCGUUCUCUGGUGUGAUGUGUGUCUCGAAGUGAACCGCUCCGAUCGUGGAAUGCGCGGACUUCGAAGGUGUCGGUGAAUAAUCGGUGACAGGUGUGUGUGUGUGUGUGUGUGUGUCUGCGGUGAUCGACAAUUCUCGAUCACGAUAAUCCGGCGUCGCGUUUAUGACGCGCGUCUUAUCUCGCCCUUCCUCCUUCGCUGAAUUUAGUGGAUUAUAAUCCGACUCCAAUAAAUCGUCCCUUACCCCCCCCCCCCCCUGGCGACUCGGAGUGCUCGCCGCGAUCGUAAAUCUCGACCGGCUUUGCCAACAAUUCCAACGGCGUACAUCCUAUCCACACCGACGGCAGUUCUCCGCGAUCGUCGCGGAUUCUUCGACCAGUUCCACCUGCAAUCUCCAGCUGCAUCUUCCUUCCCAUCUCGGUUUCUUCUUACGGCGAAUCCUCUCCGCGUCCUCUCUACUCGGGACUCUUCCGAUCUCGCUGAGCCUGCCUCGUUUCUUCUUCUGCACCGCAAUUUUCUUUCGGAGCAGAUAAUAGAUCGAGAGGUUCGUUUUGGACCGAAAGUGAGAUUAUACCGGAUGUUGCUUUUCGGAACAAGGCGCAUUAACAAAAUAGACGGCAAAAAAUAAGAAGAAACUCGUUACGUGAUAAGAUAAUCGAGAUAACGCCCUUCCAUCGAUGAAUUUAUACAAGUUUCGAUAAAAAAAAAUCUCAAAAUCAGAAGAUGCAUGUGGCAAAAAUAUAAAGAAAGCAUAAGGGAGUUACAUAAUAAAUAUUUGAAAACAUAUAAUAAAAAAAUAAAAAAAACAUAAAAUAUUGAAAGGUUACGAGAUAUGUAUAAAGGAAGAAUUUCCCGUGGAAGAGACAACUACAUAUCGCUGCUACGAAGACGUGUACACGAGCGUAAAACAAACUUAAACAAGACGUAGAUAAAAGGUAGCUCUUUGCGGAAGAAGCGACUUGGCCGCUGCGAAGAGGACACGACGAAGGGUCGCGCGUUUGCAGUUCAACGCCUCGCGAUAUCCGCGAGUAUCGGCGUACAGAGAUAACACAACCAGCUGAUAUUCGUCUUGGCUUAACUCGGCACGUGCUCUCUCUCUCUCUCUCUUUCUCUUACUCACUUCAGCUACGUUGUUCGAUAUUUCGUCUAUAUUUAGCGCGGGCGCCGAGAGGGAGAGAGCGACCGAGGGAAUAUUCCCUCGAAGGGACAAGUCGACGCGACGCGACGACUUCUCGAAAGGGCCGUCACGAAAAUCCCGAGAUCCAAGGGAGAAAGAGAGAAGAAGGAGAGAUGUGCAAUCAUUGUUAUUACCGCGGCCCCGAAGAUCGUAUGCGACUCUCGGGUUGAUCAGCGACUCCCCGGGCGGUUCCCGUGUUGUUGUCAGGAUCUUGACGGCGUACCCUUGACAUUGCGCCGCAAUCGACACCGACCGAGGGGGGACACCCGAUACGCAAAAAUGCGAUAGCGCGAAGGGCGAGUCGGAGCCGAUCGAGAGGAAAUCCUGCGCCGAUCGAAACCCAAUAUCACGUGGCGCGAUAGCCGACGCAUGUUAAUGUAAACGGAUUAAAAAGCUCAGCGUCGCCGUCUUUUCGACGCGUGUGAAGAGAAACCGGAACGCGCUGAUAAUUCCGAUCGUGCCGAGCAAGGCAUGAUAGCUCACGAUAAUCGAACUUGUGGCGCGACGCUGCCGGUCGGGCGAUGCAGUUUGCGUCGUGACGCGACAACGCCGUGAAUCACGCACACACACACAUCGUGGAAAUUCGCAUCCGUUUUGAGAAGAUUUGGGAAAUGCGAAGACAUGCUGACUACUGAGAAUCCCGAGGAGUCGCCGAAGCGGCGAUCCACGUUCUACGUGCCGUUGGACGGCAGCGAGCAGCCGGCGCGACAACCGAUCGCCAAGCUGACUAAAGGCCACUCGACGGACAGCAGUUGCGAAAAAUUCGCCUGCAACACUUUUCCCAUCGGCAGCACGUCGAAGGCGCCGACGUCCGGGACGCUGACGCGCACCUUGAGCAACAACGACGGUUUCGCGUCGAGCGCCAGGCGAAACGCGGACGAGACGUACGCGGACGAGACGUUGCCCGAGGUGAGAGGGAAGGUGCAAUCGUUGACGAGGAUCUUCGAGGCGUCCAAGUGCGAACGGACGCUCGCGACGCCCAGCAAUCAGGUGGAACAGCGGAAGAAGGUCGAGAGAACGAGAUCGUUUAAAACUAUCGAGCGAUUUCAGAGCCGGUUCACCGGCAGGAAGGACUCCAGCAGCAGGAAGGACGCUCGUUUGAACAACACCAUCGCCUGCUUCGACGUGGAGAACGAUGCCGGAUGCAGAAAAAAGCCGGCGAACGCCAACGAGGAGAAGCCCGCGACGAGAAUCGUUAUCGAGCCGGCUCCGAAGUCGGCUGGAUCCAGCCGCGAGCACAGGAUCAGCCAUCAGGAGCCCAAGAUCAAGCAGAACACGACUCUCACGAAUCUGCUGAUCCGCAGGACUCACAGCACCAAGUUGGCGAGGAGCAGCAGCACGCUGGUGCGACUUGGAAGGCACGCGUCCGUCGACAGUCCUUGCACCAUCGAGAAAACGGACGUUCGUGCGAGUAACGAUAGAUUCAAGAGUGAAGAAACCACCGAGGAUCCCGCUGUCGUCGAUGAUGAAUGCAUCGACUCGUCCGUCUUCGAGGACGCCGAUAUCGAUGGCGGAAUUCACUCAGACACAUCGUACGAGAAGGCUUGUCGAAGGGGCAGCGCGCCCGCCACCCCCGUACUGGGCGCACGACCCCUGGACGUCACCCCGAACAGGAUCGUUAACUUCUUCUCGAAGCGGUCGUUUCGAUCGAACCCUCUGAAGAGGACGAAGAGCGUAACGAAGCUCGAGCGACAGAAGCAACGGGGCGCCGGGCUUCGGGGAUGCCGUUCGCACGAGUCUCUGCUGUGCGGUCAGGCGGUGACCUCGAUGGAUCUCGCGGCGGUGACGCCGCUCCAUCCGAGUCUCCUCGGCAGGCCCCACUGCUUCCAGGUCACGCCGAGCACCGGCGGGCCCAAGUAUUUCAGCUGCAAAACCGCUCACGAACGGGACCAGUGGUUGCACAGCUUAAGGAAAUCCGUUCAGCCGGAUGCGGAACAGACGCGCCGAACGGACAAUUCCCUGCAGAUCUGGUUACUGGAAGCAAAGGGCGUGCCCGCGAAGAAGCGAUAUUUUUGCGAAGUCUGCCUCGACAGUACCUUGUACGCGCGAACGACUGCCAAGCUGAAGGCCGACUUGUGCUUCUGGGGCGAGCAUUUCGACUUCCAUCAUUUGCCUUCUGUCAACACCAUCCAGGUGAAUCUGUACAGGGAAGCGGACAGGAAAAAGAAAAGGGACAAAAAUGUUUUAAUCGGUUCCGUCAGUAUACCAGUGCACAACGUGACAUCGCGUUACUUGACAGAGAAAUGGUAUCCCGUGGUAGGAGACAAGGGACCUCUCAAGGAGCCUCCUGCAUUAAGAGUAAAGUGCCGUUUCCAGUCAGUUGACAUAUUGCCGGUUCAAGUGUAUCAAGAGUUUUUGGAAUAUCUGAAAACUGAUUACGCAUCGCUAUGCGAGAAAUUGGAACCCGUCAUCGGCGUCAAGGCGAAGGAAGACAUCGCAACUGCCUUGGUAGCGGUGAUGCAACGAGAGAAAAAGGCACCGCAAUUCCUCGCUGAUCUCGUCAUGAUGGACAUUCAUCGAAUAGAUGAUGAAAGGCUCACUUUUCGAGGAAAUUCGUUAGCCACAAAGGCGAUGGAGGCUUACUUGAAAUUGACUGGGGACAGAUAUCUACAAGAGACUCUGGGGGCCGUUGUGAGGGGCGCAGUCGAAGGCGGCGAUUGCGAAGUGGAUCCACUCAAGGUCGCUCAAGUCGCCGCGUUGCACAAACAACAGCAGAACCUUCGCAACGCCGUAGAACUGGCUUGGAGCAGAAUAUUAUCGAGCCACGCUCACUUUCCGCUAGAAUUACGCGAGUGCUUCCGCAUUUUCCGUGAGCGUCUAGCCGAUCUAGGCCGCGAGGACAUCGCGGACAAUCUCAUCUCCGCAUCGAUCUUUCUAAGAUUCCUCUGUCCCGCCAUUCUCAGUCCGUCUCUUUUCAACAUUACCCACGAAUAUCCAAACGAGAAAGCGGCGAGAAAUCUCACUUUGGUCGCGAAGACACUUCAAACGCUUGCGAAUUUUACGAGAUUCCAGGGUAAGGAAAACUUCAUGGAAUUCAUGAACGAUGUACUCGAACGCGAAGCUCCGUCCAUGAAGAAUUUCUUGCAACUAAUUAGCAGCCCACUGCCAAAGGACACACCAACUAAUAAUUCACUCGAGUUCGAUGGCUACAUAGAUUUGGGCAAGCAACUGUCUCUGCUACACGCUCUUUUGCGAGAAAGUGUGACAGCGAUAGCGCCAUCUUCGCCAUCGAUGCCACCAUCGCGAUUACCCGAGAUUCUCGAUAGAAUCUCCGUGGCUCUAGAUCAACCGGGACCAAGCCCCGUACCCACCGCUCAUCGUUACCCGAAUCUACAGAACAACAUUUUCCGCUACAACGAUCCAACAAUCGCCAACAGCAACACGAAUCUCUCCAUCUCGGCCACGUCGACGCUGAGUAAUCAUAGCACGAUAAACGGCACAAUCCGAGACAGCACCGAGCUGCAAACCAACACUCUAGGUCACAACAGUUCGCGCAGUCCGAACGUCACUAGAGCAGCGACUCUACCGCGAAACACUUAUAUGCCAACGAACGGCAAGUUGCAAUUGCAAAUUAGUUCGGAUGAUUACCCUUUGGAACCGCCGGCAUUCGUGUCGCGCUCGCCGACACCGAUCACGCGACAACACAGGCCACUCGGUCCCAAUCGAUCCGGACCGGGUUACAGAUUGACAGCUAGCGCGAGCCUGGCGAAUGUCAAUCACUGCCAGACUCAUCCGACAAGUCCCACACGUUCCGAGAGUCAUAACAAUCUAAAAGACUCCAAUUACAAUAUCACCGCGUCGCCUCAAAGCAUCCAAUCGAGUAAUGGCAGUAUUAUUUCGCAACAGCAGCAACAGCAUCGGCACAACAUGGCGCGUCUGCAAAAUCUCGACAUUCACGAUCGCGAAGACAAUUUCAAUCACAACAAUUAUAAUGUCUCAAGAUCAGCCAGUCGAAACCAUUGUCAUAAGGAGGAGAAUGCUAAUCAGACCCAGCAACGUAAUUAUAACAAUGUCUCGAAAACCACAGUGAAUGCCAACGUGGUCGUCAAUCCGCCUACGAAUCUCACGCUGUCAAUCAAUCAUCAGCCCAACAAUAAUUACAACACUUCCAAGGCAAAUAAUGCGUCCGCCAACGGCAACCUUGAUGAACUGUCCGAUUUAUUGAGAUACGCGGACGACGAAGUGUCGGAAUCCAAAUCACAGAAGGGCUCACAGAUUUCCAUCUCGCAGUUGAGCAACGUGGCUUCCUCCGGCUAUCAGAGUUUCGCCGCUUACAGCCAGAGCUCCAGUCCGGUGGAUCUCAGCAGCAACAAUGCAAACGCGCACAUUCUCAGUACGGCGCCGCUGGCGUUCGCCAAUCCUGUCUACCACAUGGAAUCGAAUCACGCGAGGACGGGCAGACGAGGCAGCACUAGUUCCGAGGAGAGAGAUGGUAGCGGCGGCGGCGGCGUCGACAGCGUAAGAGGUGUCGAUUUAAGCCCUUCACCACCGCCCAAAAAUAACGUUCGAAAUCACCAGAGGAACGGUCAGAACCAAUGGCGACAGGGCAAUCAGACUCACAGAAACAACUCGGAGCACGCACAGGACGUUUGCUGCACGAAGCUCCGAAGAAGACUAUCCUUAGAUUCUACAAGGGACCUGUCGGACACCAGCGAGGAGGAAAAUUGCACCACUAGGAGAAGCAAAUCUCGCAGUCAUCGAAGCAUCGAUCAGUACGAAGUGGAGCUGUAUGAGGUGGAGAGGCUACAGAAUAGCGUAGAUCGGCUGCGAUUGCGCGCGCGAUUAGGCGCCACCGAGGAUGCCGAUUUAGACCUCACGACCGACAACAACAUGAAGAGCAUCAUUUCCAGGUUAAUCUCUGUGGAGGAGGAACUACGUCGCGAGCAGCAGAAGAUGUCGGCGGCGUUGUCGUACAAGCAGCGCGUGAUCGACGCGCAGGAACAGCAAAUAGCUGCCCUGGGUGCCGCGAAUUCGCGUCUCAUGUCGACAAACGCGAGCCUGCUUUCGGCGCUGAGUAAGCAACGCUACAAUACCAAGUCCCAGGUCAACAGUGAAGCCACACCCCUACUACAGAACAUCGCCGACAUCGGCGAACUCAAAAGUUCAUCGUGUUAAACGUGUGUUGUUAAGAAAUGCUCGGGAAAAUGAGAAGAGAUCUUCGAACAGGAAAAAGAACGGUGUUCUUUGAGAAGUGUCGAACUGCAAUACGCGUUAUAAACGGUGUCAAUGAUAUGUUCACCUUCUCUGAAUAAUAGCCUUAUAGCACAUCCACGAAAUAGAUGAUUCGUUGCAGGAAAGAUGAGAAUUUUAAAAGGAAUUAUCAAUCCUGUGUGAAUCAACGUCGUUAUUCGAGGGAGAUUAAAGAAGACGCUUUAUUCAGAGAAGCGUGAGAGGUGCAUGGGUCUUCCUUGGUUGCGUUUCGUUAUAGGAAUUUCGCGAGCCGUUUAACGCUCGUUACCUUCCGAUCCCGAGAUCACACGCUCGAAAAAGAAGAAAAACUUUAAACGUACAGCGCGAGUAGAUAGACCCAGUGUCGAUCUGUACUCGCGAAACUCGAGGAUGCGGAGCAUCGUGCCGGAAAACAAUAGAUCACGACAUGGAAAAGAAUGGCGUGCGAGAAAUAGAGGCUAUUUAGUGAAUAGGCAGACCGAAUAAGUAGACAACUUUCGUCGGGUUUAUAUAAUAUGACAUAGCGUUAGGCUAGGUUUAUUUGUACGCGACUAUGAGAAGAAAAUCCGCGACUCGUCCGAGGUCCAAUUAUGGAAAUCGCCCUAAUUGCUUAAACGACGAUCGACUCGCGUAAACGCUGACCAGUGAAAUGAACAUUUGCGACUGUGAGUCUCCCGACCAGCGACUUUGCUUCGUUCGGCACGAACGAAACGAAAGUGGCAACGAGACUAAUUUCAAUUUUAUCUAAAUUGAGGAUCCUCGAUCAGCAGCGAAAAGCGAAUCGAAUUGCGUCUUCAUUGAUACGAAUUAUUUCGAUCACGUCUAUUUAAGUUAAUGAGCGCAUGAAUAGAAGUUAAAUUUCGUUGAAUCGAAUAUUUAGUGUGAGCGUAAAGUAUGAGUCGAAACUCGUGAAAAAUGUAGUUUCUUCAUUUUUAUUUAUUUAAAUCUGGAACAUUCAGGAUGAUCAAGAGUUUUAUUAACUUCGGUUUGCUAUACGAUUAAAGAUUGGAUAGCAUCAAGUAGUUUGUAUUGCUUGCGCGGCGAAAGAUCGGCGUUAGAUUUUGAUUGAAUCAUGUCGCUUUGUCCGGCAGCGGGCACUCAAACGACACACGAAUAAGCUUCCAAUCGACGAAUCGUAUGUUUCUCUUGUUUCUACUAUCGUAUCUACGCACAAGCCGCACGCACCGUAACAGUUUAGAAAUAGUAUGAUACUUGAGGAAUAUAUUGACAUUCGCGCCACAUCAUGACAUAAAAGCAUCCUCGAGCACCGGAUCGUACUGCAGGACCUCGUAUAUAUAUAUACAUAUAUAUAGGCGUGUCUAUUUUUCUAGUUUGUUCCCCGAGUGCACGGUCUUUUACGACCGUAAAACGCGACUUUCAUUUUUGCGUGCAAAUUUUGCAAUUACGAAGCCCACGUUGCGUUUUCUUUUCAAAAACGAACGAAAUCUGGCCGAAUAGCUCGCGCGAUUUUUCUUUAAAUCAUCGAGCAUCGAGCGAGAAACGCAACAAGCUUCUAUGACCAAAAGGAGAGUCCGUCGAACGAGAGAAGGCUCGACAAACGGACUUCCAAAACGAUGUUUCGCGUCCGUCUUCGAACAUUUUUUUAUCUCGACGAGCUGCGAGCAAAUCACGAUUACCUUUGAUUCAACAUAACCCUUUACUCUAUAAGCGACGAUAUUUAUUUAGUAGUAUCUACCAAAGAUGAAGAAUUUCGAAUUGUAAAGAAAGUAUUGAGAUUUAUGUAAGAUAUUUGGUUUUCUUCUCUUUUUUUUAUUUCCGCCGUUCCCGACGAUAAUAAUUACACCGUGUACGAAAACCGGAACGUAACUGGGAACGGUACUUGAGCUCGAGAAAAACAGUGUGCACGGCACGUGACGAAAUUCGGAAAUCGUUUUUCCCGCUCGAUAUUGUCCGAAGCAAAAUUUUUGCACAGAUCCGAGCCGUGCGCAAAUACGGCUUGGCCCGUAAUUUUGCGUAUAAGCAGCGCAUAACGCAUGACAAUUAAUUAAUUAGAUUCUCGCGAAGGUCUCGCUCGUUCGCAAAGCGUUAAUGUGUUACGUUUUACAUCACAAUAACAAUUAUUAUUGCAGCCAUUGUCGUAUAACGUGUAUGAAAGACUGAGUGAGAAGGCGAGUGAGAGAGCGGGAGAGAAAGGAGGGGAGAAAGAAAGCGUGAAAGAGAGAAUGAAAGAGCGUGAGAAAAAAUUAUAAUCAGUCUAAUCUCGCUAAGGCAAAAAAAAGUAUUAUCUCGUCAACUUUGUACCAUAGUGUUAUUCUCGCCUGUCUGAGCGUUUGAGUUUCUUGCCCGACGCCAAUUACUUUUGUAUAGAGAUUGCCCUCAUCCUCCUUUCUUUUCGUCCCUCAUCAUUUCUUUUUAUACUUUCCCUUCUUCCGUACCACGGAAAACCAUAACCGUACUGCGUUCGCGGGAAACCGCCCCUCUUUAGAAGCUACUUUCUUCGACUCGUCGAGUAUUUACAUCUGAUAAAAUUAAUAUAUUAACACUACCCCUCUCUUCUUCUUGUUGGACGAUGUAUAAUCGAUGAAUAUCUAUUUAAAGAAUCACUUAAAUAGCGUGUACAUUAUUGAGUUUGGUAUAUUCGUUUCUGCAAUAGACCACCUGUAUUUAAGCAUAUAGCGACUAUUACACUACAUGAACAAAUAAAUACGAUUAGACAUAUUAUAAA